AUGUCACUUCAAUCCCGCAAUAUCCACGCAACGCGUACCCUCCCCCUUGCAUUGAUUCUCCGGCCCAUACCCCCGGUGCUUGACGACAGUAAAGUCGACAAUAUGGUCUGUACCCUCCAGAAAAACCCUCCUGCAGGUACGGAAUUCGAACCCGGCACAUUGCCGCCCGUGGAUAUCCUGCACUACCAGUCUCCCGCUGGCAAGGACUUCUAUUUCGCGUUUGGCGGGUGUCAUAGACUGCAGGCGUAUGGACGCGCGCAGGUGGAGGACGUCAAUUGCAAGGUGUUGAAGGUUACAAAGAGCAUGCUGAAAGUGUAUCUGGGCGGGAGUGUUGACGCCAUUGUCGGCGAAUGA